AUGGCUGAUUCAACAAUAAUCUCUUUUACAACUUCAAAUCGAGGCAAACGCAUGCUCGUUUAUUCAGGAUAUGUUUAUCGACUAAAAAGGCCGACGGUAAAAGUCAAGUACUGUGUUUGGCAAUCAAAUGGUUGUGCUGCCAGCGUGCAUACAAAUACAAACGAUGAUUUUAUCAAAGCUAAUGGUCAUCAUCGACAUAUGCCAGCACCUGAACGUAUCGAACUUCGAGAUCUGAAAAAUAAGGUCAAGGACAGAGUACAAGGUGAAACAACUUCUGUACCAAAAAUUUAUGAAGAAGAACUAGCUCGUUCUAAUCUCUCUUCCGUUGCUCUCACUCUUGCACCACUUACGGUUGAAGAUAAAAAAACAAUCUAUGAUUGUUUUGAAACUAAUUCAUCACCACCUGGUUCAUAUGCAUCUUCAUCACUUGAAAUAAUACUAUUAAAAUAG